UUUUUGGGCGAAUUUGGGGUUUUGGGGUUGGAUUUUGGGGUUUUUUUGGGGUUUUUUGCAGAGGAAGUUUCGAUGAUUUUGGAGCGGCUGCACCGAGCUCGGCGGCCCCCGGUGGAGAUCGACAUCAGCCCCCCCAGGAGGUCCCUGCUGCUCCCCGAUUCCCGCUCUCUCAUGGCUCAGCUCGAGGAGGCUCCGGAUCCUUUUUUUGGGGUCAUGGGGGUGGAGCUGCCCCAGGUCCAGGAGCUGCUGCCCCCGGAGGAGCCCCCAGAGGUGCCGCUGGUGGCGUCUCCGGAGUCGAUCACGCUGAGGGAGCCGGAGCCGCCCCUCCCCCCCCCGGAGCCGCCCGAGGAGGAGCUGCCCGAGGUGACCCCGAGGGAGCUGCAGCUGCUGCUGGAGGCCGAAG